AUGAAGAACGCGCACUGCGAGGACGGAGGAGUACAACUUAAAGGCUCCCAAAUUGUGGAAACUUCGCCAUACGUCUAUCUUGGACGUUCUAUGAAUAUGAAAAAGGACUUGAAGGAAGAACUGAAUAGAAGGACGAGAUCAGGGUGGACGGCAUUCGCACUCGUCAAGGAAGCUACGGACCAACUGAUGGGCGAAAAGCUUCGUGCCCAUCUGCUCGACUCGACAAUUCUUUCUCUGUUACGUAGCGAAGAAGUGGACAGACACCACUGCCACGUCUAG